CCCGCGGCCCAUCCAACAUCGAUUAAGAUAGAGCCUGGCAGUAGGACUCCUAAAGGAGCAGUGUAUCGGAUGUCCCCACGGGAGUUGGAGGAGUUGCGCAAGAAGUUAGAUGAACUCUUAGAGAAGGGUUGGAUUAGGCCCAGUUCGUCUCCAUUUGGAACACCUGUUCUAUUUGUCCCCAAGAAGGAGGGAGAGCUUAGAAUGUGCAUUGACUAUAGGGGUCUUAAUGCUAUUACAGUGAAGAAUGCGGAGCCACUGCCCCGUAUUGAUGAUCUUUUAGAUCGUGUGCAGGGUUCCGAGUACUUCUCGAAGAUAGAUUUGAAGUUCGGAUAUCAUCAGAUAGAGGUUCACCCUGAUGAUCAGUAUAAGACUGCAUUCCGAACUAGGUAUGGGCACUACGAGUUCAUACAAGACGAUGGCAAUGGAUAUAGGCCCGUAGAGUUCAUGUCUGCUAGGAUGCCUUUGGAGAAGGUAGCGAAAUCCACCUACGAAAGGGAACUCUACGCUCUCAGGCAAGCGUUAGAACAUUGGAAGCACUACUUGCUUGGGAGACACUUCAAAGUCUAUUCAGACCACGAGACGUUAAGAUGGCUGAAGACUCAGGCCAAGAUGACACCUAAGCUUACUAGGUGGGCCGCAAAAUUAGACCAGUGUGAUUUUGAGCUCAAGCCAGUAAAAGGGAAGUACAAUGUAGUUGUGGACGAGACGUUAAGAUGGCUGAAGACUCAGGCCAAGAUGACACCUAAGCUUACUAGGUGGGCCGCGGAGUUAGACCAGUGUGAUUUUGAGCUCAAGCCAGUAAAAGGGAAUGGAAGUGAAAGCGAGUCUGAUUGCACUUGGUACCAUGCGUACAUCUCAGCCCCUGUCGGGAACCCAAUCGUACACGGAAUUCUUUGGGAUAGAUCAGUGACCAAGGGAUGGGAAGAGACGGUAGUGAAGCAAGAGGAGGAAGGAGCAGAAACAGUGGAGAUGCGGAUGUCGCUACCUGGGAUGCCAUCAUCGUAUGCAUUAUCCUUCCUGUUCACAGGCUGCCGGGAGAUCCAUCGCGUUGGUGGCCAUACUCUGGAUCGGGCUGUUCUAAGGCAUUUUGCAUGGAAACUGUGCGAAAAGGUCCUCACUACAUUCGAGAAAAUGUUAUCUGACAAGCAAUUCAUGGACGAACAUGUGUCAGAGAAAGGACUCCUGCAGCUGCUGUUCGAUCUUCGUUUCCUUGCAGAUGUCUUGUCAGGAGGCAUGGACAUGUCGUCUGGUGCGUCGAUGUCUUCCCUCGAUGAGGCAGAUGGGCUUGGGGUCAACAACCUUGCUUCAUUUGUGGGAGUCAAACGAACACGCCUAUCCGUGCAAUCAGACCCAGCGGUGAACGCCAGGAAAAAGCAGGUUGCGGCAUUGUUGACGCAACUUCAAGCGAGGCUCGACCCCAUCGACUGGGCCACGUACGAAGAACAUCUCUGGCAAAAUAAGCGCAACUACUACAAUCGGUGUGCGGUGCUAUUCGGCUCCUUUAUACAGCUAAACCGGCUGUACACAGACAGCCCUCAUAUGCAGGGUUACAAUGGUGACACAAACACGCUGAACAUGUCGGCGACCGUUCCAAGAUUCACGUAUUUGCCAAUCAGUGCUCCCGUGCUUCCCGGUGAUAGUGGUAGUGCGUUGCGCAGAAAGGUGGGGAUGCAGGACCGGUCGUGGUCCCAGCCAGAGGCAUGGAAGGUAUCGGAAACAAAUGGCGAUGCGUCUGUGUAUGACUUCUCUGAGAUUCAACCAUCGAUCAUGGCAUCGAGUGGCGCAAAGGUUGUCUUCAAAUCUUUCAUGGGCCAGGAAGGCAGGAGGACUCAGGUGGUCUUACGACCGCUGACAUCUCUGCUUCUGGCGAAGUUAUGGGUGCAAAGUUGCAAACCUGAAGGUGAUGUAUUUAGCCGGGAAUAAUAAAUCGGAGAAUGUUAGCAGAAUCUUUGGAUAGUGUUGAAAAGGGCCUGUGUUUCUUAUUAUCUUUUGGAUACUUGUAUUGCUCAAUAGGCAUUCUUAAGUGAAAAGAAACGUCAAUUUAUCUUUUUCUGUGUGUGUGUGUGUGUGUGUGUGUGUGUGUGUGUGUGUGUGUGUGUGUGUGCUUGUUAGUGUCCGUGUCCAUGUGUCUCCGUGUGUGUGCGUGUGUUGUGUGUUCACUGGUGCUUUACACAGAAGAAUCAUGACUGUGUAUGUGUGUGUCUGUGUGUCUGUGUGUGCUCUACACAAAAGAGUCAUGACUCUGUGCCUGUGUGUGUGUCCGUGUCUGUGUCUGUGCCGAAGCGCAUGACCCCGUGUGUGUGUGUUGUGUGUCCACGUCCACGUGCUUGUUAGUGUUUGUGUCCAUGUGUGUCUGUGUCUGUGUGCGGGUGUUGCGUGUUCACUGGUGCUUUACACAGAAGAAUCAUGACUGUGUGUGUGUUUUAGAUUUUCCCCACAACAGCCCCAAUUCCACCCAGGUGAAUAGAUUCAGAAUCAAAGCGGUCUUCGUCC